AUGAAAUCUGUAUUUUGGAUGGUGGUGGUUGCCCUAAUAAUUCACGAAGCUGGAGCUGAUGAUGAAUGCAGCACAGUGACAGCACUGGUAUCAGCAUGUGCCAGUUUCGUGAACUAUGGCACACCAGAUCCGAUUCCAGGUGCACCAUGUUGCGUUGCUAUGGCAACCCUAAGCACUGUAGCUAGCUCCACUGGUGUUCAGACUCGCCAGUCUGUCUGUAGAUGCAUGAUGGAGCUUAUUACUACUUACAACCCAAAUGCUACUGCCAUUGCCACUCUGCCUGGUUUCUGUGGUGUUUCUCUUGGUUUCACCAUUGACCCUAACACUGAUUGUGAAUAGUAAGACUACAAUGAGUUUCUUAUCACCAAAUACUUCGCAGUUCCUUUUUUCUCUUUUUAGGAC